CAGAUUGGUCACUGGGCUCAUCCCCUGCCGAGCGACCACCGUCGUUCAUGCAGGAACCAGGCAUAGUGCUGUACUGUACCUACAUGGGUUCUGAGCCGGUGCCCCAUCUAUAGUUCCCCAUUAAUGUACCUCUUACAAUUCUCCAACCAUCGUCAGUUGUGGAUUCCGAUCAUGGUUCCAUGUGCACUCCGUAUCUGGCUGCUUUGCGCCUGCACAUUCCUCCACUUGGCCACACAUUGCUGGAGUGGAAGGAAGAUCGACAGUGCCUGUCUAAUGAUGAUGACUGGCUGGGGAAGAACGGUGGCCGUAACCUUCGUAUAUCUUAGUGCUGGGACAAUCGGGUUUAGAUCCGCCCGUCGCGAGGCACCUUUUCACCAAUUUCGGUACCGUCCCAGAAAGCAGGACAGGACAGUUCCAGGGGUCAGCGGAGUGGGAAUAUCGGGCAGAUAAAAAGAAUCAGGAAUCGGAGAAAGAGAAAUAAGCAGAGAAGAUAAAAAAAAAAGGGGGGG